CGAUAUAAUAUUCGAUUAAUGUGUAUUAAGGAACACACGUCAUAUCGUAGCAAAAAUAUAAGUUUACAAAUUUAUGAUAUCUUUGAGUCGAAUCGUUUUAUGUAUUAAAAUUGUUACUAUUCUAGCAUAAUAAACUCUUUAUAUUAAUUCGUUUGAGAAGUUAAGAUUAUAAUUAAACGUAGGCUCCGAGCUUGCGCAAUGAUAUAUGGCAAUGCGCAAUUUGCGCAAUGGUAUAUUCCCCUUUUCCUGAAUAAAAGUUACAAUUAUUUAAAUUGUAUCGGAGAGCAUUUUAUAAAAUCUAACGAAUUAACGAUAUAUCAUUUUCUUUAAAAUAUAUACAUGGACAUGGAAAUGUUUAUAUAUUAACAAUCUGUCAAAUAUUAAGAUGUAACAAGUGUUAUUUGUGACAUAAUGAAAUUGAUGUGUAUUGUUGAUAAUUGCCUAGAAGUGUAUCAACAGUGCAAAAUUAUUAAUUAUCACAAUUCACUGAACUUCUAAGUUAUAUUAUUACCAGAAUGGAAAUCUGUCACAGGAUGUUAUUGCGUCAAGGAAAUCAGAGAAAUUCUGUAAUUGAGAAUAUGAAUCCAGGGAUAAACGUCGAAGUAAUAUCCACAGAUAAUAUAUCUGUGAGAAAUCCAUCGACAUCUUUGGAUUCUAAUUGUAAUGGUAAUCCACCUUCAUAUGAGGAAGCUGUAAACCCUAAUGUUCCUCCUCCACCUUAUAAUGUCCUGUUUGGUCCUGUUAAUCAAACACCGGCAAAUGUUUCAACAUUUAAGGAACUAUUAUCUGAUUAUGGAAAGAACUGUUGCCUUUUACUGCUAGGCACUUUUGGAUGUAUUAUUUGUAUAGGAUUAAGACUAUCUAUUCCAAUAUGCAAGAUAGUUAUUGGAAGUUUUUAUAGUCAUGACUGCCCACAAGAAGAGUAUAUUCCUAUAUAUUUGUUAGUGAGUGGUAGUGUCGGAAUUUUUAUUUAUUUUCUAGAAAGUUUGUAGCACGAAGGGGCAACGUGUAGAAUCAUCUAUGUAUUAAUGAAUAUUUUCUCAGCAUUUUGGACUAUCAUGGGUUGUGUGUGGAUUUACAAAGAAUAUGAACCAAAUUAUGAACCAUCUUUGGGCAAAUACUGUAACAAAACAUUGUAUUUAUUUGCCUUUUGGAUAACUCUACUGUCAUUUAUAUACAUUAUAACACUAUACGUUUGCAAUUUAAUUAACCGU